CAGCAGCAGCAGCAGCAACAAAGCCUUCCCAGUCCCAGUCGUCGGAGCACUCGCGAUUUCCCGUGUCCACCUCCAACCCAGCUGCCUACUCUCCUUCCCUCCCGCUACGCCCACGCGCCCACCUACCCAAAACAACCGCGCGGCCCUCCGCCCUCGACUCCCUCGGUGCCACCUCUUUGGAGUUCGGACAUCGAUCGGCAGCUACAGGCUCCCACCUCCAGCACGGCGGCGGCGGCGAUGGCAAUGGACGCGGUUGUAGCCGAGAAGAGCGGCGGCGGCGCCGGAGCUGCCGUGGCUGCCGCAGCCGCAGCCGCGCAGGCGGGGAACGGCGGCGAGACGAGGUCCCGGUUCCAGCGAAUCUGCGUGUACUGCGGCAGCGCCAAGGGCCGCAAGCCCAGUUACCAGGACGCCGCCGUCGAGCUCGGCAAGGAGCUGGUGGAGAGGGGCAUAGACCUGGUCUACGGGGGCGGAUCCAUCGGCCUCAUGGGGCUGGUCUCUCAUGCAGUUCAUGAUGGAGGGCGCCAUGUGAUUGGGGUCAUCCCAAGAUCCUUGAUGCCCAGAGAGGUAACUGGUGAACCUGUUGGGGAAGUAAGGGCAGUCUCCGGUAUGCACGAGAGGAAAGCUGAGAUGGCUCGAUUUGCUGACGCUUUCAUAGCAUUACCUGGCGGCUACGGGACUCUGGAGGAGUUGCUUGAGGUCAUCACCUGGGCGCAACUAGGAAUCCAUAAGAAGCCGGUUGGCCUUCUGAACGUGGACGGGUUCUACGAUCCGCUGCUAUCCUUCAUCGACAUGGCUGUGAACGAAGGGUUCAUAAAGGAGGACGCACGGCGCAUCAUCAUCUCGGCUCCUACCGCGAAGGAGCUUGUUCUCAAGCUUGAGGAGUAUGUUCCCGAGUACGAGGUCGGUUUGGUGUGGGAGGAUCAGAUGCCGGCGGCGGCGCACGGCUUCGCCCCGGAGCUGGAGCCCGGGAUCGCCUCCUCCUGAUCCGGACGCCGGCGCGCCCACACCUAACCAGAUUCUGACCGGCAGCCGGCCCCCCAAGCAAGUAGUAGCAUCUCUAACAAAGAAGAACGCGACGUUCUAGCUCUAGCUCUCUCUCUCUCUCUCGCCGCCUGCAAUUGUUCUCUUUUGGGACGGAUAGCGGUGUUGAUCCUUAGCAUCUUAUUAGUAGCUGCGCUGCAGCGCCUGCUCUCGCUGUCAUGGCUGCUCCCCCUUUUGCUCCUAGAAGUAGGAAGGAACGCAUGUAAAUUCCUCCCGGUAUGUCGCUAUUCCGAUUGCUCGCACGUGUGACGGAUGGAUGGAAACAUGGAUCAAUGGAUGUAUUUUGUCCGGAACCCGUGCAAAUGAUUCGUUCAU